AUGGAUUCUGUUGAAGGAUUUCAACUAAAGCAUGGCUCACUGAUUGGUGGUGCAAGGAAGGGUUUUUUAUGCUUAUCUCUAAGACUCGCAGUUUUUGUGCAAGGCCUGUUAAAUAUUAUUUUAUUGCUUUCAGCGACGUCUGUAUUAUUCUCGGUUCCUAUUGGUUUACUGGGGUCUGACCAAGAAGAAGACACGUUUCCGUCAGGUAAUUCGUAUUUAGAAGUUCGACAUGGAUUUGGCGUAUAUGCUGUCAAUCUAAUGAAUAAAUAUUUGCCACGCGAUUUAUUACUCAUUAUCACUGAAAUAAUAAGUUCAUUGAGAAGUUCACCAAAAGAGGAGGCAUUUGUAGCACUCACGUUGUACUUAUCUAUAUUUUCAUCUUUGUUAUCUAUUUUUGGAGUUCUUAGAAAAUCAAUGGGAUUAAUUAAUUUUGCUAUCUUCUCAUUCUUGGCUUCUCAAUCAUUCACUAUAUUUGGAAUAUUUUAUGCCCCUAAAUUAGGUAAAUUAUAUGGUCUAAAGGUUUUAUCAAACCCAGUUGUAUUACUUUCGAUUCUGGUUUUCGCUAUGUUGUACACAAUGUGGUAUUCACAUUUGUUAUAUUCAUACUACAAGGUAUUAAGAGCCGGUGGAAACGGUGGUGAGUAUUUAUCUUACAGAGAAAUAAUUGACCGAAGAAACUUCUUACGCUGGAAGACUUGGAAAGAAAGAGAACUUGAGAGAGGAUCUCCAUACAAUCCUUCUUUUUCGAGGAGUUCAGAGAAGGAUAGAUUGCUUAAGUCCUCACGUUAG